CCAUCAGCGCCACCACUCGACGCCGCCAUCGCUCACCCGCGAGGGGUUUCUCUCUGGCGGCGGCGGCGGGGUGUCUUGAAUUUGGCAGGGGCCCGGGUGAGUGAUAUGGAAACACACUACUCGGAGCUCAACCCCUUCCUGCCCGACAUGAUACCGUGGGGCAGCCAGCUGUGGGAACAAAGAGCCGCUCCGUGGGACCACCUGAGCGGCCACCACCACCACCAUCACCACCACCACCCGGGACUAGCGGCCGCGGGGUCCCACGCCGUCUGGGAGCCCAGCCAGCGGGGGCCCUGGGACGUGAACGCGCGGCACGUGGCCGGCCUCCCGUGGGGCAGCCCCCUGUGGGACCACCCGAGACAGCCCUGGAAAAUCAAUAGCCAGGCGGACAGCUUCCCCGCCACGGUGGUGAGCGAGGGGGAGGGCGGCAGCGAGAAGACGUACACAAUCCUGGAAAUGGUGCGUGAAAACGCGAGCGGCGGGGCCAGGCGACCCCAGAUUAGUAAUGGCUCGGCGCCUGGGGGAGUCGUGCAGGCGAGGCGGCCAGAUCCCUCCGCCUCCUCCUCCUCCGCCGCCUCCUCCUCGCAGGCGACCAACGGGGGAGUCGCGGCCGCCGCCGCCGCCGCCGCGGGCAUGAGCGGCCCCCACGGCCUGUGCCAGCUGUGCGGCGAGGCGCUGCCCGCAGACUUCGUGGCGCUGCGCAACCACGCCAAGCGCCACAUGGACAAGCAGUCGCUCAUGUGCAUGAGCUGCAGUGCGCAGUGCAAGAGCUCCUCGUCGCUCACCGUGCACGUGCUGCGCCACAUGGGCAUCUACCUGUUCGCGUGCGACACGUGCGGGAAGCGCUACCCCACCAAGUGGCAUCUGGACGAGCACAGGCGUGCGCACGAGCAGCAGCAGCAACAGCAGCAGCAGCAACAGCAGCAGCUGCACCAACAGCAGCUGCUGCACCACGCGACCGUCAGCGCAAACAGCAUCGGCAUCAGCAUCGGCGGAGGUGUCGGAAGCAGCAGCAACGGCGGUGGCCACGGCGGCGGCGGCGGCAUGAAGCAGCAGCAGCAGCAGCAGCUGGAAAGGAGCCAGGAGGAGAACAAUCUGCUGUCGAGCUGGCUGGACGCGCAGUACGAGUACGGGGACUACUUCGGGCACCUGGCAGCGAGGGCGGCCGCGGCCGCGGCCCCGGGCCACGCGCUCUGCCACCACCACCACCAGCUCCCGCAGGCCGGGGUGCAGGUGCAGGUCGCGGCCGCCGCGGCAGCGGCCGCGGCCGCGGCGGCCGCAGCGGGUGGACACCCGGCCCCGCUGCACCAUCACCUGCACCAUCAUCACCACCAACCUGUGCAGCAACUGCAGCAACUGCAGCAGCAGCAACAUCAGCUUCAACAGCAGCAGCUUCAGCAGCAGCAGCAACAGCUUCAGCAGCAGCAACAACAGCAGCAACAACAGCAGCAGCAGCAGCAGCCGCCCACCCGGCUGUCCAGAGCGGCUGUUUGCGCUGACCUCUCGCCGCGGCGGGAGAACGGAGCGGCCGCCGUCACGGCGGCCCCUGGGGCCGUGCCCGCGCCCUUGCCCGCGGGGCCGCCCGUGCCGGCGUCGGCACCGCCACCCCCCGCGGGGCCGCCCCCACGCGAAGGCGGCGGCGGUGGCGGCGGCGCGACCUCCUCCUCGACCUCGACGCCCUCCUCGUCCUCGUCGGGGGCGCGCGCCGCAUGCCAGAUCUGCGGCAAGGAGCUGCUGGCCGAGUUUGCGUGCGUGCGCGAGCACGCCAAGCGGCACCACGUGGACAAGAGCAGCCUCACGUGCACGUGCUGCGGCCUGCGCUGCAAGACCUCCUCGGCGCUCACCAUCCACGUGCUCAAGCACGUGGGCGUGCUUCUGUUCGCGUGCGACGUCUGCGGGAAGCGCUACACCACCAAGUGGUAUCUGCAGGACCACCGGCGCGCGCACGAACGCGCCGGGGAGGUGCACGGGGCCACGCCGCCCGUGCACCACCAGCAGCAGCACCAUCACCCGCACCUCGUCGGCGCGCAGGAGGCGCGAUGUGCGGCGGGCCAGAGGGGUCUCCCUUCCAUCUAGACCCUAACACCCACCCCCCCACCCCUCUCCCUGUCACUCUCACCCCUCCCCGCAUCUCCCCCCCCCCCGUCCCUCUGCCGUCUCACACCACUUCACCGUGUGCUGCAUAAAGUUUACACGGCUACACACGCCACGACGCAGCCACACGGACCCUGAUGGUGGUGAUGGUGUUGAUGGCGGUGGUGGUGGUGGUGAUGGCGGUUAUGAUAUCAGCUCAGCGACGCUGCUCGGGGGCCGUGUAGCGACUCCACUGCAGCCCGUCCGUGAACCCGUGGUCCAACAUUUAUACACGACGCUAGCGGUUACUUAUAUCCUGCAGUGUUUGACAUGAUUGUCACCAACACUUGUAUACGAUGUAACGUCUUAUCAUUAUUCUUAUAUUAUUAUAUCCUGUAUCGUAUCCGCGCUUGGCUUUAAGACGCGCGUGGGGAGGCAGUGGCUUAGCCCCUUAUUCCGCUGACCCGAGGAUUCACGGGGUCACUAUCAAGUUCCUUGACCUUAACAUUUGACCCUGGAACCACGCAGGGUCAUCACCAAGAAGCCUCCUCGAGUCCCGUCCGGUGCUGGUGGGGGUGGGAGGAGGCUGCCGUAACCCCCCCCCCCCUCGUUGCGGGGUAAUUGCCGGGGUGCGUGACUCCUCCUCGAGCUGUAUUUACUCAUUAAGUCAUUAGCGAGGGGGGCGAUCCCCCUCCUCCCCACGAGCCCUACCGCGGCUCCACGCGCCGCCUCCCGCCUCGCGGGCGAUGCCCGAACUCGCGGCACGCGUCGAGGGUCCGCGCGCUCAAGAGGGCCACGCUCGGGGAUUCACGGAGAUAGACGCUUAGAGAAGGGCGCACGAUUCCCAUCGAGACAGGCACAUAGACACAUCGAGACCUCGGGAUUAGUUGGACAACACAAGACACAUCGGCACAGGCAUACACGGCGAGAACUUGGGACACGGCAAUCCGCGGAUACAGAACCACCAGCGCAGACGCAGAUAUACAAAUACACAGGCGCAGCUACACACGCGCACACAGAGAUAAACACACAGAUACACAGACACGAGCACUCGUACCCACCCAGAUACACACGGGCACACACCCACACAGUGAGGCCAUCAAACAGCCGCACACACACAACCACACGUGCUGUGUGCAGAGACACGCGGACACGCCACACAAAGACGCACACGACCGCAGAGAGACACAUGUGCUGUACAUACACUCCUGAUAAACCUUAGGCUAUAUAUACUUGCGCAAAGACACGCAGACAUACAGAGAACCACAGACGCAUGCUGUACACAGAGACGUGUGAUGUACACACAGAGACACACUUACGCGCGUGUGAGGAGUUGAGGUCGGGGCAGCUGUGGUCGAUGUUGGUUUCGAGGCCACAUGGAGAGUCUCGAGGCCCCUUUUGUAUCCCCGACUUGCAAAAUAGCAAUAAUGCCAGCGGCACCUCCCACACAGCUGCAGCACCGCGCGAAUCCCUCACCGGCUACCAAAGGCGUUUACGUGCCCCCACCCCUUCUCCACCCCUCCACCGACGGACUGUCCAUGUCAAGUGGUGGCCGCACGCGCGUAGUUCAGGUGGCCUCACCACCUGCAGGGCGCAGGUGAGCGCGCACGCGGUGCGUGUUGUGCCGCGGGUGACCGCGCGCACCUGCACGUUCGGGGCUGACCGCGCGUGGUCGAUGCGGGUGACCGCGCGUGCGGUUUCAGUGACCGCGAGCCUCGGGUGCGAUCACACGGCGUGUAGAGCGCGCACCCCCCCCCCACUCUCCUCCCCCCCCACUCUCCUCCCCCCACUCCCCUCCCCCCACUCCCCUAUCUCUCGCUCCCGGUGCGGUGCGAAGCAGAGCCGCGUCCCCUCCUCCCCCGCGCUCGCUCCCGCGUCCAGCUGCCUUCCCCGUGUCGCGUCGCGGGGGGUCUCAAAGUCGCGUUGCUCCCGAGGGCGCAGAGGGGGGUAAAGCCGCGUGCCCCGCGUGUCCCCCGGGGGCUGCGUGGACACGGCGUGGACACAAGAGUGCAGAAUAAGCUAUAAGCGUGUAAUGAGACACCACCGGUGUAUAAACGGCACUCAUAACUUUUGACACUCGCAUUGCAAAGCUUUUGGAGUUGCGCAUCCUCGUCACGCACCUUGACACAGACGAUCACUCAGCUGAUUCUCGUUACGCCGGACCUGAUGUUAGCUCUUAAUUUAAGGAACAAGGGGCGCUUUUAAAUGAUUAGUUGAAGCGUAGCAGUACUUUCCGAGAUCGCGUAUCCAUUUACAUCUUCUGUUCAUGUAUCCAUGUUAUCAGCAAGCAUAGCUAAAUGAUUUGGAAUCCGACAUCUUAUAUAUAUUUAUGGUACAUAUUCAUGGCAUUUCGAGACUGUUGGAUAAUUUGUGUUUAAUAAAAAGAGUUCCAUAAUUAUUAA